GAAACGAGGUCGGGAAACCAAGGGAAACGCUUUCGUAGAUUCCCGAGGGAAUUUAGAUGGAAGUGAUGUAGUAUCAGAGGAACCAGACAACUAGAGAACAAACCUGCAAGUGAAGGAGCAGGUCGAGAUUUUCGUUUCUCCUCCAAAUUUGCGAAAAGCUCUGGUUGCCCAUCGGAUUCCUUUAUGACCUCUAAUGGCGGAAUCAUUUUGUCUGCGUUAGUGGAGCUUUCUGUUUCAACAAGGGUUUAGAGAGGAGCUUUUGGCUCGCUUUACCAGCUCGCUUUCCGCUCCGGCAAAGCGCUCGCUGUGUUCGGGCUGCUUGAUAUGGGCGCGAGCUGGAGUCCGACAGUAGUGUUGAGCGGGAUAUUGGAGCCGGAAGGGAAGAGGAGGGGGCGGGGGCUGAGGACGAUGCAGGCCGGGAGAGCGUCUGGUCGUGGAAGCUAGGUCGGUUGGUGCUACGGAAGGAUGAAAGCUGCGUGUGAACUUGUUUUAAACGGUCGGAGAUUGUUGUAGUAGGUUUUAAGGCGCUGCGAUUGAUCUUGAGCUGGGGUUUUCGUCGCAGGUGUUUGUGGUGCUGUUUUAUUGAAUCGGAUUGAUGGGGUUUGAGAUGAGAGAGGCGUUGAGGCGUCUUUGCGACGAGAUUGGGUGGUCGUAUGCUGUCUUCUGGAGGGCGGUCGGCUUUCCAAGUCCUAUGCAUUUGGUCUGGGAUGAUGGGCAUGGGCUUGGGAAGCUGCAAUUUUCAGGGAGCAAUGAUGUAAAUUCUCAUUUCAGUUAUUUGGCUGAAUUCCAAUCACUGGGAGAGGGCAGCAUAGAUGAGCUGGUUAUCAAGUCCAUGGUACCACAGGUCCAUGUUAUAGGAGUUGGGAUUGUGGGGGCAGGCCGCUUGUACUGGAAACCAUUGUUGGAUUCUUAGAAAUGUGGCUGGUGACUGUGAAUCCACAUUGAAG